CAAGAGAUUUAUAAAUGUGUUUGUUAUUCCAUAUAAAAUGGUGGAGCCGGAUUAACUCCCAUUUUACAUCGUUGCAUACAUAGUUGAUCAUUCGAUAUUUAAACGUUUCAAAGAUGACUACAAGGUUUUGUGGAAUCAAAUUAGGACCUUCAAUAGAAGUUUUUGCAAUUUAUAAAGCUUUUUUAGAAGACACUCACGAAAAAAAAGUGAAUUUAUCUAUAGGAGCUUAUCGCACAAAUGAAGGAAAACCAUGGGUAUUACCAGUUAUACGGAAAGUAGAAAAAUCAUUAGCUGCAGAUGAAUUACAAAAUCAUGAAUAUCUCCCUGUUUUGGGAUUAGAUGCUUUUUCUCAAGCAGCAACAAGACUUUUGUUAGGUACAGAUUCUCCUAUCAUUGCACAAGGUCAUGCUUUUGGCAUUCAAACAUUAUCUGGCACUGGUGCAUUGCGUGUUGCAGCUGAAUUUUUAAAUCGUAUUUUACAUUAUGAUGUUUUUUAUUAUAGCAAACCUACUUGGGAAAAUCACAAACUUGUGUUUUUAAAUGGAGGAUUUAAAAGAGCUUGUGAAUAUAGAUAUUGGAAUCCAGAAACUUGUUCUCUUCAUAUAGAAGGAAUGCUUAAAGAUCUUAGAGAUGCUCCAAAAAAUGCUGUAAUUAUUUUCCAUACAUGUGCGCAUAAUCCUACUGGAUGUGAUCCAACUCCUGAACAAUGGGAGAGAAUAGCAGAUGUAGUGGAAGAAAAUUUUCUUUUUCCAAUUUUUGAUACUGCUUAUCAAGGUUUUGCAACUGGUAAUAUAGAUAAAGAUGCUUAUGUAGUAAGAAGAUUUGCUGAACGUGGAAUAGAAUUUAUGUGUACUCAAAGCUUUUCUAAAAAUUUUGGUUUAUACAAUGAAAGAGUUGGAAAUUUAAUAGUUGUUAUGUCUGAUACAAAAGAAUUAGCUCAAGUUAAAUCACAGUUAACUUUGAUUGUCCGAGGAAUGUAUAGUAAUCCACCAAAUCAUGGAGCAAGAAUAGUUGCAACUAUUUUACAGAAUCCAGAUCUCUUCAAGCAAUGGAAAAGUCAUAUGAUUACAAUGUCUAAUAGAAUAAAAGAAAUGAGAGUAUGCUUAUAUGAAAAAUUGAUUCAAAAAGGAACUCCAGGUGUUUGGGAUCAUAUUACUAAACAAAUAGGAAUGUUUUGUUAUACAGGUUUAACUGAAAGACAAGUUGAAUGUUUAAUCAAUAAUUACCACAUUUAUAUGUUACGAAGUGGUAGAAUAAAUAUAUGUGGACUUAAUGAAAGCAAUAUAGAUUAUGUAGCAAGUGCGAUUUAUGAAACUGUUCUACUAUAUCCACAAAAUAAGCAAAGUUGUACAUGUUAAAAGACGAAUCAGAUUUCAUAUGGUAAUAAGUAUAAAUUGUCAUUAAAAUUUUAGUGUUGAGAAAUUGUUAAAGUAUAACAAUAUUUUAUAUACAUUGAAA